GGCAAUUUACCUGGAGUGGAGGCCUCUCCCGAAGCCUCUUCACAUUCCAAUGCAGAUCACGCAGACAACUUAACCAUUGAGUCAAUCAGCAAAUGUAUUACAGAAUCAAACUCCCCAGAAGUGACAAUUUCUUCCAUUACUACAGAGAUGAGUACAGUUGAGGAAAUUGUUCUACCAGCUACUGACUUCUUAUCUAAUCCUUCCAUGAACAAGCUUCAUAUUGGAGGCCAUAUUAUGGACCCUCUCCUCCUCUCUCAUUCAGUCACCACAAGAUCCCAGUGUGCUUCUGGUUCAGAAUUUGAGACAGGCGUCUUGAAAGCAACUGAGACAGCAGGUUUUGGUGAGGAGUGCGUUGAAGCCCAUGUCGGAAGUGUGGAGACUGGAUCUGAUGAGAAUACGUGGGACACGUCUUGCCAUGAUGAAAAUACACCGGAGGCAGCUGUGAUUUCACAGAGAGAACAAAACACAAAUCGAAAUCACGAUGAUGAGAAAUUCAGUGAGAUAUCUCAACACCUCACACCCACAAAGUUUAAGGAAGUAUCCGAUGUUGCAAAUGCAAAUAAGGCCUGUGCUGAGACCACAGGACCACUCCUGCAGUCCGAACCGGCCACAAUGGAAACACCAGCUGGGCUAUGCAAUAUUGAUGAGGUGCAGGGAGGGCUUCAAAGCGGCCACGCUAUACAUACAGGCGGGUUGCCAGAAUAUUUCUUGCAGCAGGACCAUGCAGUUGAAUCUACUUCCACUGUCACGUCGGCUGUUGAGAAUUCUGGUGGCUACAACGAAAGCUUAACGGGGAUCAAAGGGACUUACGUUGGACACGCAGUGUUGAAUGACACUGUGGAAGGUGUGGAUGGAAGUCAGACAGUUGGAAUUGCCGACAUUCCUGCGUGUGCUACCUCAAUGAUGGAAGAUCUGUGCUCUGAAUCAACUGAGGCUGAUUGCUUGGCAACUCCAACUUGCAUUGCCCAAUCUGAUGAACAGCAGCAGGUAAGAGAUGCAGCACUGAGUGUUUCAGACAAAAAGAUUGAGGUCAUGCCUCUGGACAGGCAGAUGGAGGUCAGUGGAUCUAUUGUGGUAGCAGAGGUGCAUCAGAGAGAGAGAGCCCAUCAACAGAAAAUCCCAGGAGGAGAAGAGAUGAAUGACAAUAAUAAUUGCUCAAUGGAUGCAAGAGGUGGAGGCCACAUACUACAAGAGGAGCUUUUGUCUCAGGUGACCAGGGAGAUGAAACCAGAGCAGCAGCCGCUGCCGCGGCAACAGAGGGGGAAUCUAGAACUAGAACCCGGCUCUCUUAUUUCGCCAUGGGAACCUGCAGCACCGGUCGGUCAGGUGUGCAAGCCAGCGGAAUGCGAGCCGGCCCUGCCCUCCUUCUCGCAGGAGCUGACAGAAGAGUUCAGGGUGUGGAGAGCGUCACUCAGCGGCAGCGGUAGCCUGGCAACCACAGUCCACGACCUGGCGACCCAGCCCCUCCCCCUCCUCCUCCCCCGUGCAAACCUUGAGAUAGCAGACGCCAAGUGCAGCGGCAGCGUAGGGGCAGAAUCCACCAAUGUCGUGCAGCACGAGAGCCCAGACUUUGGCUCUCCGGACCUCACCACCUGUCGUACGGCAGACAACAUUCAAACACAGUCCCUUGCAAACACACACCAGCUUCCGGCAGACAUUGAAACACGCAGCCUCAUCACCACAACAACAACAGUAACAACAACAACAACAACAACAGAAGCAACAACAGUAGCAGCACACCACGCCAAGGAAGAGGCAGAGGCAGAGGCGAGAGCUCCCAGUGCAAACAACACACACCUUUCCACAAGUCUGAUAAGGCGUGAGUCCAACAGCCACGCUGACUGCGCUCACUCCCCCAGCAGCGUGCAGCUCAUCACAGCUGACACAGGGACACAGGCUGCUGAAGUCCCCAGCGUUACGGAGCCAAGAGAGGACACGUCCACCGGCACACUGGCUGGCACCAGCCCAACCACCCCUGGGGACGCUGGACACCCAAAGCUGUCCAGGUCUGGGAGCAGGCCUCUGAUCAUUGUGAAGCGUGCAGAGGUUCCGGCUUGGGACGACUCCAGUGACUCGGGGGUGUCUCUGGACGCGCCUGAUUCCUCCACCUCCUCCAUGGAGGUCUCCUCCAGCACCAACACCUUCACCUUCGGCGCGUUCUCCUCGCCCGAAACCACCAAAGACGACUCUGGAAAACAAUGUUACAAACUCUCCAUAGCUGAUGACACGGUUGUAGAGGCGCCGCCAGAACGCACCACCACCACUUACGCCAGCCAAGAGAUGGGUGGCAUAACCACCCACUACACUGAAACAAGCAGCCUUGGUACCAUGGUAGACCAGGAGAACCUGGAUCGCUGGCGGUUGCGUUAUGUAAACAUAUCCAAUAACGCGCCACCCAAAACACCCCCUCCUCUGAGCCCGAGCCUCGACUCUACUACUACUUCUACGCGGUACACCUCCAUGCUCUCCCCUUCCUACUCCUCCACCUAUUCGCCCGGUUACUCCUCCACGUUCUCUCCCGGUUACUCUUCCACGUUUUCUCCCACUUACUCCAGCAAGCCGUUCUCCACUUCUUACAACUCUUCUUCCACGCUCACUGACACGCACACUCUGCCCGAGCAGCCAUCCCGUUACAUGCCCCACAGGCUGCUGUCAGAGGGAGAUGGCCUCAGGAGUCAGGCCUACGCUAACACAGCCCUUACCCAAGCACCUCCCCUCCCUGCGCCUACUAGUUCCCUACCUAGCAACCAGAGCAGCUGGUUGAUUGACAGGUCCGAAGUCCAGCCCAGCGAGGCAACAGGUGGUGGUGGUGGGAGGGGCGUGGGGGCGGUGCUUGGAGCACCUGCAGGGGAGAGCAGCACAGAGUCGGGCAGAGAGCAGCGAGGGAGCGAGUCAGAGCACAGCGGAGAGACGGCACCAGGCUCAUAUUCAAGCACAGGCGCGCCCGUGCUCUCAGAUAACAUCGGCCGCGCUAGCAGCAGCAGCACUGCGUCGUCAGCCCUCGAGGACCAUUGCCAAGUGGACGGAGGAGUCAGCGGCGUGUUCAAGGCCACUCGUGUGGAGCUCACUCCCUCCUCCCCCACCUCCUCCACCUUCUCCUCUUCCCUCUCCACCACCUCCUCCUCCUCUACACCUGUCAGUCCACAGGAGCCAGUCUCCCCUCACCUGGACACUCUGAUGGAUGCUCUGAAGACCCAGAGCAUGGACAAGCUGUCUACUAGGACGAGGGGCUCCUCGCGCCUCAGCGGCGCCCCCUCCCUGCCCUCCAUCAAGGAGGACACUCCGGACAGCCCUGCCAAGGAUGCCAGCCUAGGCCUAGGCAGCACCACCAUCACCACCAACACCACCACCGCCCAGACGACCAGGCCGCAGCUGGACACUGGCAAGGACGGACUCCACCACCAGCUGCUCAACAGCUCCAUCCUGAACGGCAACGCGCCCGUCAGCCUGCCGGCCAACCUGGGCCUGAACUGGAACACCACCAAGGACAUGCGCUCGCCGCUCACCCUCAUGAAGAUGCAGCAGCAGCAGCAGCAGAUCGGCCUGCAGGGCUCGCCCCUGCGCGCCUCCACCAUGAACAGCAUCGUCAUGCGCGGCUCCUCGUUCGACCAGGACGACCAGGUCCACCAGAUGAACCAGCUGAACGGCAACGGCAACGGCGGCGGCAUGGUCGGGUCCUCUCGCCUGGACAACAGCCUCAUCUUCACCGGCGGCUACCAGCAGAUGCAGCAGAUGCAGCAGGGGGGCAUGGGAAUGGGCAUGGGCAUGGGCAUGGGCACGGGCAUGGACGACGCACCGGGCAUGGGGCACCACCACCGCUCCCUCUUCCGCACCGGGUCCCUGCCCGACUCUGGUGCCCUGGACCGCAUCAGCGCUGCGCCCAUGGGCAUGGCUGGCAUGCAGGGCAUGGCGGGCAUGCAAGGCAUGCAGAUGGGCAACGGCAACAACUACAACCUGCAAGCCAACCUGGCCAACGCCUCCCGCAUCGAGCGCCUCUCCUUCCUGGCCUCGCCCGCCGGCUCCGUCUCCGCCAACCUGGACGCCGGCUCCAUGAACCGCAUGAGCAUGCCCCCCGGCUCCUUGCAGAUGUCCCCGCUCGGGGAUCUCAACCUGGGCAUGGGCAGCCAUCUGGACUCCAUGCAGCACCAGCACCAGCGCAUGGGCCUGCAGCGCAGCUUCAGCAGUGACGGGUCACUGGGUGGGCUGCUGGAGACGGCCAGCCCGACCAAGGGCCUGUUCGAUGGCUUCAACGGUGGGGGUGGACACCACCAGGCUGUUCAGCAGCCAGAGCCAGAGCCUCCCAAGGUUCCCGUGCCCAAAUACCGUGCUUUCCCUGAUGCUUAUCUCACCAAAGAAAAGGAACAUGGCAAGCUGAAUCCCAGGCCUGGCAAGAUGAUCAUAUUCGAUGAGCCGGGCAUGAAGGGCAACAAGGUGGAGGUGCGCGGGGACGUUGUGGAUGCCACCGCCUGGGACUUCAACGAGGCCAUCUCCAUCCGAGUCAUCAGAGGAGGAUGGGUGUUGUAUGAGAAGCCUAACUUUAAGGGGGAGAAAAUCGCCCUGGACGAAGGAGACCUCGAGACCCUGUCACACCCCUUCGAGACGGCAGAGGACGUCCACCAACAGAACGGGCAGAAGGAAAAUGGGGAGGCCAGCCAGGAGCCCACCAAGGUGGUGAUUGGGUCCAUACGCAGAGCUGUCCGGGACUACAGCGUUCCAGAGAUCAGCCUGUUCCCGGAGGAGAAUGCAGAGGGGAAGAAGGUGGUCUUCCGGGACACGUCUGAAGACGCUCGGAUCUUCGGCUUCCCCAUCAAGGCCAACUCCAUCAUCAUCAACGCCGGCCUUUGGCUGGUGUAUGCGGAGCCAUUCUUCCAGGGUAUCCCCCGAGUGCUUGAGGUGGGGGGCUUCACCAACCCGGCUGCCUGGGGUGUCACACAGCCCUACGUGGGCUCUCUGCAUCCCCUCAAAAUUGGAGAGCCAAGGGUGGAGAAACCAAGUGAACCCAAGUUGGUUCUGUUCGACAAGCCCUAUUUCACGGGGCGAUCGCGUGAGAUUGUCAGCUCCAUGAGAGACUUCAUGACGCGAGUUGACCGACAGCAGACAGCCUUCAUGUACAACGCCGGCUCCAUUAAAGUCAUCGGAGGAUGCUGGGUGGGUUAUGAGAAGGAGGGUUUCCGCGGUAAGCAGUACCUGCUGGAGGAGGGCGAGUAUCAGGACUGGCGUGUCUGGGGAGGAUGCGAUGCUGAGCUGCGCUCUGUUAGAGUCAUCAGAGCUGACCUGACGGACCCUACGCUGGUGAUGUACGAGUUGCCAGAUGAGGAGCUGGAGGAGCCGCAGGAGGAGCGGACCUUCGAGGUGACGGAGGCCAUCCCCGACGUGGAGCUGUUUGGCUUCCGGACCACCACCAGGUCCAUACACGUCAUCAGCGGAGCGUGGGUAGCCUACUCCCAUGUGGAUUUCUCCGGUAACCAGUAUAUCCUGGAGAAGGGCUUCUACAACAACUGUGCAGACUGGGGAUCAGGCGACAACCGAAUCUGUUCCAUACAACCUAUCCUCGCGGCUACAUCAGAUGGACCCACAUACACAAAUCAGGUCAUGCUCUACUCGGAUGUAGAUUUCCAAGGCAACUGCAAGGUAUGCUCAGGAAAUGAAGAGUCUCUGCCGGAUAGCUUCGUCACUAAGUCCUGCAAGGUGGUGGGCAGCAGUUGGGUACUGUACGAAGGACGUAGUUAUUCUGGAAGCCUCUAUGCCAUCUCUGAGGGAGCCUACCCCAACCUAACAAGCAUGGGGUGCCCCCCACACUGUACGAUAAGAUCCAUCAAAGCCAUUCCUGUGAUGUUCUCCCUGCCCUCCAUCUCCCUGUUUGGCCUGGAGUGCUUUGAGGGGCGGGAGAUCGCCCUGGACACAGAGGUACUCAACCUGCUGGAGGCCGGCUUCAACAACCACAUACUCUCAGUCAAAGUCAACAGUGGCUGCUGGGUGGUGUGUGAGCACAGUAACUACAGAGGGCGCCAGUUCCUGCUGGAGCCCAUUGAAGUCACCAACUGGCAGAAGUUCAGCGAGCUCACCACCAUAGGAUCCAUGUACCCCAUACGGGAAAAACAGCGUUUCUUCCGGGUCAAGAAUAAAGAGCGUGGCCAGUACCUCUCGGUGCAGGGAGGGGUGGAGGACAUGAAGUCGGGCCGAGUGGUGGUGUCGGAACACGUGGAGGCCAUGACAGACAUCUGGUACUACCAAGACGGACUCCUAAAGAAUAAGUUGGCGCCCUCCAUGACGCUGCAGGUGAUGGGCACGGUGGAGCAGGGGGCGAAGGUGGUGCUGUGGUCCGAGACCCGAACACCCAUCCAGACCUGGUCCGUCACCGUCAGUGGCACCAUCGUCAGCGGCACCUUCCCUGGCUUUGUCCUCGACAUCAAAGGUGGUAAAGUGUAUGACAAGGAGCACGUGGUUGUUCGGGAGGAGAGCGAUGAGCGACCAUGCCAACACUGGGAGCUGGAGCUGCUGUAAGGACUAACUUUACCAUCCCAUCCCAGCCCAUCUCUACCCAGCCCAGCCCAGCCCAGCCCAGCCCUCCCCUCUCCCUCCCUCACUCUGCCCUACUGAGCCAGCCAGUCACUGCUCUCUCUCUCUUUCUCUCUCUUUCUUUCUCUCUCUCUCUCUCUCCAUCUAUCUCCAUCCAUCUCUCUGUCUCUCUGUCGCUCUCUCUCUGUCUCUCUCUCUCUCUCUCUCACUCUCUCUGCUUCUCUCCUCCUGCAUCGAGUCAAGGAGAGAGAAGUGGAAGGGACAUCCUCAUGUGAGUGUGUAAAAUAUGUUCUUGUGUUCUUGGCCUGUUUUUCUUCUGACGAGUGAAGUGUAUGGAUUGGAGGAGGUGCCGGCCGCAUGGACUGCUGAUGUUUAUGACUGCUGUAUAGUCUAUACUGCAGCGCUCUCUGGACUAUGAACUGCAUAGAAAGACCCAGACAGACAGACAGACAGACAGACACACACACACACACACACACACACACACACACACACACACACACACACACACACACACACACACACACACACACACACACACACACACACACACACACACACACACACACACACACACACACACACACACUCUCCUCAUCCACUCUCUCAGCCUCACUCUCUCUGCCGCACGCACACGCACACGCACACGC